GAACUUUCUUCUUCUUCUUCUUCUUUCUUGUUGGGUAGAUGAACAACUCUAAGACGGAGCUAACAAAGUUUUGUAUUCUACUACUAAAACAAUACUUAUUUAUUUCUUGAUUUUUCUUCUCUGUAGCUUGUAACAUUACUAUUUAUAGGUUUUUCGGUAUCUAUAUAUUACAUUCUCGUCUGGUUUUUUAUUUCCUCUUUUGUUAUAUGGUGAAAAAAUCUGAAUUAGCAAACCAAUAAAAUCUUAUUCUUUUGGAACACGAAGCUGAUUGUUUCUUGCUGUGGAAAUAAAGAAAAUGGUGGGAAGCAUUGAGGCCAAGAGCUACCUAACAAACGGGUCUGUUCAACUUCAACAUAAUGGUCUUAACUUGGAAGAGAAACUCGACGAGUUUCGUCGUCUUCUUGGAAAAUCAGACAAAGAUCCGUUAAAGAUUGUGAGCAUCGGAGCUGGUGCUUGGGGAAGUGUCUUUGCAGCGCUUCUCCAAGAAAGCUACGGAGGUUUCAGAGACAAGUUCCAGAUCAGGAUAUGGAGAAGAUCCGGGAGAGCUGUUAGUAGGGCAACAGCAGAACAUCUCUUCGAAGUGAUCAACUCUCGUGAAGAUAUCUUGAGGAGACUGAUAAGACGCUGCGCUUAUCUCAAAUACGUUGAGGCAAGACUCGGUGACAGGACGCUCUAUGCGGAUGAGAUAUUGAAAGACGGGUUUUGUCUUAACAUGGUGGACACGCCUCUUUGUCCCCUCAAGGUCGUGACUAAUCUUCAAGAAGCUGUGUGGGAUGCUGAUAUUGUUGUUAAUGGAUUGCCUUCAACGGAGACACGACAAGUGUUUGAAGAGAUUAGUAUGUACUGGAAAGAGAGAAUCACUGUUCCUGUUAUUAUCUCUCUUUCAAAAGGUAUUGAAACUGCUCUUGAACCAGUUCCACAUAUCAUUACUCCAACAAAGAUGAUUCAUCAAGCAACUGGUGUGCCAAUUGAAAAUGUACUGUAUCUUGGUGGACCAAACAUUGCUGCUGAGAUAUACAACAAGGAGUAUGCUAAUGCUAGAAUCUGUGGAGCUGAGAAAUGGAGGAAACCACUAGCGAAAUUCUUAAGACAGCCCCAUUUCAUUGUUUGGGACAAUAGUGAUCUUGUUACACAUGAAGUAAUGGGAGGUCUCAAGAACGUGUACGCCAUUGGAGCUGGAAUGGUGGCAGCGCUUACUAACGAGAGUGCUACAAGCAAAUCAGUGUAUUUUGCUCAUUGCACAUCUGAGAUGAUAUUCAUAACUCAUUUACUAGCAGAAGAGCCUGAGAAACUUGCAGGGCCUUUGCUAGCUGAUACUUAUGUGACCUUGUUGAAAGGGCGCAAUGCUUGGUAUGGUCAGAUGCUUGCCAAAGGGGAAAUAAAUAGAGACAUGGGUGAUAGCAUAAGCGGCAAGGGAAUGAUUCAGGGUGUUUCUGCAGUGGGAGCGUUUUAUCAACUGCUUAGUCAGUCUAGCCUGAGCAUAAUGCAUCCUGAGGAGAAGAAACCUGUGGCUCCGGUUGAGUCAUGUCCUAUUUUGAAGACACUCUACAAGAUACUCAUCACAAGAGAACAAUCAACACAAGCGAUUCUGCAAGCGUUAAGGGAUGAAACACUGAAUGAUCCUAGAGACCGGAUUGAGAUUGCACAGAGCCAUGCAUUCUACAGGCCUUCCCUUCUAGACCAGCCUUGAUUCGUCAGCUAUUACUCAUAUAAUCCAAACUGCAGAUUCUGCUGCGUGAAAACAUCAUGUCUUAAAAUGGAUUGCUAGUCAUUGUAUAAUCCUUGUACUAUAUCCUUAUCUUUAUGAUCAAUGAGGCUUUUAUUUGCUCAAAUCAUUUACUACAACUUUCUACUCUAUAGACUUUUCUGAAAUUAACUCCGUGUGAUUAAUACAAGCUAAUGGUUGUACCA